GCGUGGGGGACACGGGAGACAGGUACCCGCGGGCGGCCCUGCCAGGCACCUCCUCGCUGCGGCCGGCCGCUGGCUCCGCGACGCGGCGGGGCGAGCUGCGAGAGCGGCAGAGCGCGGCGGCCUCCCGCGGGGGCCCGCAGGCGAGUAGCGGCCUAGGGGCGCCCGCGGGCUCUGAGGGGGGCCGCGGCCGCGGGGGGUGCGGCACCGGCGGAGCCUUCCUCGGCCGGGCCGGGCCCGCUGCUCCGCGGGAGGGACGGGGCGCCGCGGGGCCGGUAGCCGGCAGCGGCCGUGCGUGGAGCGGCCCCCCCGAGGCCGCCGCCGGGAGGAGGAGAAGGAGGAGGAGGAGGAGGAGGAGGGAGCGGCGGGGCGCGGGAGUCGGCGCUGCCCGCCCGCCCGCCGGCUGCGCCCCAGCGGAGCAUGCACUGACUGGCUGCCUCGGCUCGGAGCCUUCCCAGGCGCCGGGGAGCGCGUUGCAUGGUGCGGGGAUACACGGUCUCGAUAAUAAAUGAUAGAGGAUACAAUGACUUUGCUGUCUCUGCUGGGUCGGAUCAUGCGUUACUUCUUGCUUAGACCGGAGACCCUGUUCUUGCUGUGCAUCAGCCUGGCCCUGUGGAGUUAUUUCUUCCACACGGAUGAGGUGAAAACCAUUGUUAAGUCCAGCAGGGAUGCGGUGAAGAUGGUGAAGGGCAAGGUGGCCGAGAUCAUGCAGAAUGACAGGCUCGGGGGGCUAGACGUGCUGGACGCAGAGUUCUCCAAGACCUGGGAGUUCAAGAGCCACAACGUGGCUGUCUACUCCAUCCAAGGCCGGAGGGAUCACAUGGAGGACAGGUUCGAAGUAAUCACUGACCUGGUGAACAAGACUCACCCCUCCAUCUUCGGGAUAUUUGAUGGGCACGGAGGAGAGUCCGCAGCAGAAUACGUGAAGUCCCGCCUGCCUGAAGUCCUAAAACAACAUCUUCAAGACUAUGAGAAGGACAAGGAGAACAGUGUGCUGUCUUACCAAACCAUCCUGGAACAGCAAAUUUUAUCAAUUGAUCGAGAAAUGCUGGAAAAAUUGACUGUAUCCUAUGAUGAAGCAGGUACAACUUGCUUGAUCGCACUGUUGUCAGAUAAAGAACUCACGGUGGCCAACGUUGGUGAUUCACGAGGAGUCUUGUGUGACAAGGAUGGGAACGCUAUCCCCUUGUCACACGAUCACAAGCCCUACCAACUGAAAGAGAGGAAGAGGAUUAAAAGAGCUGGUGGUUUUAUCAGCUUUAAUGGCUCCUGGCGCGUUCAGGGGAUCCUGGCCAUGUCCCGCUCGUUAGGAGAUUACCCUCUGAAGAACCUGAAUGUUGUCAUUCCUGACCCUGAUAUUCUUACCUUUGACCUGGACAAACUGCAGCCAGAGUUCAUGAUCUUGGCGUCGGAUGGUCUGUGGGAUGCUUUCAGCAAUGAGGAAGCCGUCCGAUUCAUCAAGGAACGCUUGGAUGAACCACACUUCGGUGCAAAGAGUAUAGUUCUACAGUCCUUUUACAGAGGAUGUCCUGAUAAUAUAACAGUGAUGGUGGUGAAGUUCAGGAAUAGCAGCAAAACAGAGGAACCUUAAUUACCGAUGGUUCUCUGCCUGACUCUGAACUUAAAACAAACUCUUACAUUUUAAACAUAGUAGAAAGCUCUAGUAAAUACCGUUAAGAUUCUACACAAAAGGAACAGAUCCCUCUGGUCUUUGUUCUUUGCUUAACAAAAGCAGCAAUACAACAAAUACGUUCUGAGUGAUUAUAAGAAUUAAGUUUGUUCACAUGUACCUGUCUCCUGUGACCUUGCUGCUCCUUAGAAACUAACUGUAAUCUUCCAUUUCAGAGUUUUCUUUACAAAUCCUCUGUAGACUUUUCAUUUGAUUCCUUCCCGCUCAUUUCUGAUAGGCGAAGGUUCAUUGGGGUGCGGCGCAGGGGGAGGGCAGCGCUGCCGCUCCGUAGCAGGUGCUAGGAAUGAUGCUGCUUUUCACUCGUAGGUGUGACUCUUCAGAACGAUGCUCUCGUGUUUCCCAUCUCUUUUCUUUCUUAAUCUGCAGUGAUAAGGUUGUAUAGGAAAAGGUUUGCGGUUAUUGGCCUGUUAUUGAUCUGAAAGAGGAAGAGGAGCCGACUAUUAGCCUGCUGCCACAGAACUGGCUCUCGCUCGCUUUGUUUAACCUCCCCCCCUCCUUAAAUAAAUCCCCGCCAAGCAUGUGAUUGGGCAUAAUUAACGAAUUACCUGAAACCACAUGUUGAUUCAGCCUGUGCAUUACUCUAAUAACAUUUCUUCUAUGCCGUAUUGUAUUCAAACCAACUAAAGUUACACUCCAGCAAAAUACUCUGAGGUCUGACACCUUCUAUAUCAAAAAGUAGCUCUGUUGGGAUAGAAGAAAGUCUGUCAUUCACCAAAACUCACCCUUACGUUAGUUUUUUGGCAUGGACUUUUUAUAGGCAUGUAAAGAAAGUAAUGCAAGAUAAAAUUAAUUUCGUUAGCGACUGUUUGGAAAACUAAUCAAAACAGGGCCUUCCUUAGAGCUACCUAGAUGGAAGUCAAGCUCAUUAAAGACUUCCUUGUGCCACUGCAGAUUAAUUUGUGGGGUUAAUCCAGGGGAAGACCACUUUAGAACCCUUUUUUUGGUAUAACGUCUGAAUGCCAGGCAGCGUCAUUGCACUGUAGAGACGUAAGCUUGUGUUAAAUCUAGAUAAAAAUAUCUUUAGAUCUACCUUUAAGUAUUUAAUUGUAUUUUGGAAUCUGUGACUACUGUAAGUUUAAACAAUGAGUCUGAGUGUGCUCCACAUCUGAUGACUUAGCUGGCUGCUUCGUGAUCGAGAGGCAGCGGUAGCAGAGUGACAGGGCAAUUGCGUGUUAGAGGGACAGAGCCAGGGCCUGAGCUGGAGGUCAGUAUUUUGGAUGGCUUGCUUACCCGUAUCGUGUCCUGUAAUAAUCCUUGGGAUUCCCUCCCUGCAAAAACGUGGUCCUGGGCGAUCCACUGAAGUCUCUUGUCUUCACGGUGAUGGAGGUUGUCAGUAUUUGGGUCCUGAUACAUUAUCUUUGUCUGAUUGUAGGAUAAGCAUACAGUAUCAGCUAAAAAGCUGCCUGUUUCUCAUCACCCACCUAUAGCAUUUUUGGGCAAGUGGCUUGCCAGUCCCUAAAAUACUGUGGGGUGUUGUGGUUGUGCUGAGCGGGUGUGAUGCCUCUCCAGACAAAAAUGAAAGAACACAAGGGGUCUUUUUGCUCGAGAAAAGCACUUCUUUCUGCUUGAGAAGGAAUUCCCAUCUUAAUCUUUUCAUUUUUGUUCCUAGAUUUCCCAACAAACUUCCCUCCUUUAAUUGUUUGGAGAUAAUCACAACUCUUAAUUGGCUCUGUUGCUAUUACCAGUGUUAUUCAAAUUGUAUACAGAGCCUUGAGCAGCCUCUGCUGAGCCCAGGCGCCCGGUGGAGCCCCUUGACUCUGAGGAACAGCCAAGUGAAAAGCAGAAGUAUGAGAGUCCAGCACCUCUGAAACCAGCACCGGUCCUUCCCCGGAGGACGGAAGGUUUCGGACUUUUUAAAUCUCCCGAACAGUGCAUUCGGUGAAUUUUAAAUGCAACUUUGCGGUUAAAUUGAGCAGCUAACAGGAAAUGUUAAUAAUUGCAGAGCGCUUCAGUUAGUUAUUUUAUUUUGAAAAGCUAUUUGAGGUCAGAACGCUGUGAAAUGAAAACCUUGUGUGAUAUUUUCAUGGGAGUGCUUAAUCAUGUUCUCAUACUGCUACAGCAGCAGUAUCGCAACCGUGCUCCAGGCAGAGCUCGUGGUGCAUCUAGCGUUUGCCUUUCCUUUCUCCUUCACAGAUGAGGUUUCCGUUGUACUGGCUUUUCUUGUAGGACGCUGCCUGGGUGUUUGUCAAAACAGCUGCCCAGGGAAAAGAGGAAUUAGACCCAGCAGCCUGCAGAACUGUAAAGCAGAGGGAUGCUUGUAUAGCAGAGACAUCACUACUAAUCCUUCACAGGCAUUUGAGAAGUUGGAACUGGAACAAUGGUCAGCUCCAAAAAAAACCAUUAUAGACUAACGCCACUUGAGCGAAAAGCUCUCGGCUGCCCCUAAGCCUCCUGCAGCUCGCGGUCUCGAGGUCAGCGAGCGUAGCCGAGGGAUGCCCGACCUCCUGAGCACAGCUCGCUUGCUGCUUGCUCUGGCGCUCGAGAGAGAUAGAGAGGACGAUGAGGUGUCAGGAACUGUACGCAUUGACAGUCCUGAAGCAGCAAGGAGGCAGCGGGAGGACGGCUGGCUCUGGAAGUAAGCCAUGCUCACAGGAUUUGGAAAAGACGUAGUGCAGUGCAAUACAAACUGGAUAUUUAUUCCAGGAUUCAUUUAUUCCGUCACUCACAGGCUCAUCCAGCCAGUUACUGAAUCAGCCCUAUUUCAACCUUCAAGUGUCUGCAGUUGCAACAAUAGUUGUUUUAGCACCUUCAUUUUUCUCUACAACACUCCCACCUUUCUAGCAGCUCCCUGUCCUGGCCAAAGACGUUCAUGCCAAUCAUCUCUGGUAAGGUUGUUAACUUUUGGUUUUAAUUGCUUUAAGAAACUAGUUACAGCUACUUUAGAUUUAAAGAUGAAGGACUAAUGGAGAUGAGAGGCUUUGUGCAGUCUUCCACAUACAUGCGCAGUGCCUACCUGUGCCCCCUGCUAGACGUCUUCUAAGUUACCCAGUUCUAGGCAUCUGUCACCCCCCAGUCAUGCUGAUUUGUGCCAAAUUCUGUCGUCAUACAUACAGCUGUUGGAUGACAAGAUUAAGUGAUGUACAUACUGCUGAAGCAACCUAAACAAACUCGGGUCUGAUCCUCCACUGCCUUAAUAAUACGUCUUACAUUUGGAAAGAGUUGCCAGACGCUGUAGCCAGAAAUAUCCCCCGGUACGCUCCGGCGGUGUGGCAGAACGCGCUGCAGCACCGGCGAGGCAGUACACCAGCGCAGUACACCCGGCCUGGGCACCCCUCCAAAAAAAAAGGGAGAUGCGUUGAGGUUGAAGUGGCUUGCAGGCAUGUGAGAGCUCCUUCUUGCCAGGGGUGUUCAUGGAAGUUUUUUGUGGCUGAAGCCAGAGUAGCUCCAUCGGUGACAUCUGUUUGUCAAGUAACGAUGGUUUCUCAUGGCAGAAAACUGAGAUAUUAAGUUGCUGCCAAAGAGCAUCUUUUGUAUGGUCCGAUAUGAAAAAAUGUACCUUGUAAUUAGUCACCUGAUUCAGUACUUCAAAGAAUUUGGGCUUUUCCCCGUGGUAUUACAACCUAACAAUUUAACUACAUCUGAAAGCUACUACCAUUUAGGUUUUCAUUCCGAUUACAUUUACUUUAUGACGCUGGUGACAUCCCGGCAGGGUUGGGAAAGGCCGUUCGGUGGUACAACGAAAGGGGCACAGCCCCCGCCGUGUGCGGCAGCCGCUGGUUGCGGGAUGCGGGUCCCGCUGCCAGCCGGGAUGGGCGGGAUCACAGCUCCGUCUAGCGGCCGCCCUGUCCCGAGCUCGGUCACCCAGCGGCGUUCCCCGAACAACAGCCGCCCCCUUGGCCCCCGGCAAAAACGGGCGUGAGUUAAAGUCCCCCUCGUCCCUUGCGCAGAAGUUGGCCAUCGGGUUGAUGCGGACCCGUUCUCUUGGGCGGAACGUUACGGCAGAGCGGGCUGAGCACGCGUGUCCCCGACACGGCUAACGAACGCCGGUAAUUCAGCCCCUACAACCCGCCUGUGAAAGUCCGGCACGCCGCAGUCCUGCCCCACAGCCCCUCCAGCUCACCCCCUGCGCGGGCGUCUUCGCAACGUCGGUCAAUCCGUUGUAAACGCUUGUUUGUGGCAUCCAGACGUUUGGCAGCAGCGCGGCUAACGCAGACAGCAGCCACGCGGCUUCCCGGAGCCCAGAAUUGAUCACCAGUCUCAGGGCUGGCAGGAGACGCUAUUUCAUGUCGUAUAAAACGUACGCCGCUUCUUUUGUUGCGACAUCCAGCACUAGUGCUCUGGGCAAAUCGAUCCUGUCUCACGGGGGAGGGAUGGUCACAGGCGGCACUGUGAGGACUGCGGCAGCACCGUAGUCCUAAAAUGUCUAAAAAUCCAAAAUUUGAAAUGAGCGAGCCUGUUUUACUGAAUAGAAUGUUUAGGUAAAUAAGAAUAAACGCCAUCUAACAUCAUGAAGUAUUGUCUACUGACUUGCGAACACCAGGUCAGUACCAGAACUCCUCCUGAUGUUAUUACAGUAUCAUACAAUUUACAUAAGGUAAAAUUUAAAAAGUUGUACAGUUUUUAGAAUACAGAAGUUCGUACUAAAGCAGUGCAUCAGCUUGAAGUAACAGUGGUUGCUACAUAAACGCUAACGCUGCAUCUUGGAAAUAAGGGAGUUUUGUUGUUCAGCUCCUUCAGAAUAUAUGACAUCCUUGCUUUAAAUAAUAUAUUGCUAAUGUAGCUGAUAACUUCUUUUACACAGAGAAACAUUUAGUAAGUGAUUAUACUAAAGAAAAAAAAAAAAAGGUCACCAACCUUUCAUUUUCUAAAGUAGGUUUUCCGGCCUCCUCCAUCCUGAAAUCUGGCUGUACAAAAUUGCAAGGUUAAAAUUUAGAAUGUUCUGCUGAAGUCUGGCAACUGUGAUGGACCAGAGCUGCUGCCCCUCCGUGUCGUCAAUAUAUUUAUAAAUUACCUUUCCAAACCUGAGGACUCACAUCUAAAAAGAUAUAUAUAUACAGUUAAGUUAAUACUGAGUCGAAGUUUAAAUCACUUUUGAUUUACAUGACGCUGCCUAUUGAGGCUUAGGUAAGCAGCUGGUUUACGUGCGGUUUUCCCUGCGGUAACACGGCGUUCUAGGUGUGGGUUGUCUCUAGUUCUGGCCAAUAGUCUGGACGCUCUCUUGAGCAAAACGUGUGCAGUCAGCGCAGGUGAAGCCUAUCAAAAACCAUAAAUAGAGGCUCACAUCAAGAGCAGGUUUUGGGUGAAGUCUUGAAAUUCACUUUUAUGAACAGGGCAGCUCCCACGUCUGGUCUGCUCGGUCUCAAGGACGAGCUCCGAAUUAGUCGAGCAACAGGGAAAGAAAACAUUUUUUUCUGCAUUUAAAUGGCCAGCCCUUUAUUCGUUUAAGCCUGUGGAGACUCAUCAGUACUUCUAGGGACACAGAUGCUCGGCAGUCUGCUUCAGCCUGUAUUCAGCCACGUUAAUUAAAUGAGUAAUUGGUGAUAAUGUUUUAAAAAUCUAAAUGCAGGACUGCCAAACAUUGCUCUCCGGGAAUUCCUGCGCUGUAUCCAGGGCUGUGAGAGCAACAUAGAUGAAACUGUCCUUCAUCCGCAUGCGCUUUAACCUCGGUGGUAAGAAGAGCCGUGCGGGCCGGCAGUCAGAGCCCUGCAGCAUCCCCUGCGCCACCGCGCUGCCCGGGCCGGGAGCCGGCGCCAGGCAGAGUUUGGGGCUCCCGUGCCACUGCAGACCUUGGCUUCAGCCGCUGUGGGCGACAGAACUGCCAAAGUCCAUCUGCGAUGUUUAAAUUUUCUUCUUCUGGUAAGAAAAUGAUAUGUUAAAAACAUGAUUCAUUUAGAAAAGUUCUUUGGAGCUCAUUCCAUUCUAUACUGAAUCGCUGCUCGUCGGUACCCCCUUCCUGUGUGCCUAAGCCGGGUACAAAACAUAAGGAGUCAUUAGCAAUGCUAGAUUUACAAAUUAAUUCUGUUUUUAUAAAGUUCAAACCCAUCUGCCUUUAACACGGCAAACUGUAACAAUCGCGUAACUGUUAACUACAAAGUUAACAGGAGGAGGGUCUGGAAAAACAACACGAAAACCUGUUCUGUGGGAAUAUUACAGUGAGCGCCUGUAAAACCACUGCUACCCGGUGUCUUUGGAAAUGCUCUCCAAGAAGCAGUCGAGACGGACUCAUUAUGAAAAUGAACCGCACAUUGAGAACUCUGCGAGGGCAGGUCAGGGCUUUAUUAACAAAAACCCUACACAACACGCGAGAUAACAAAACCGCAAUGUUUAAGCAAUCCGUCUUGGUUAAAGACAGCUUAGCACAACCCGGCGGUGCUAGCGUCGAUAACAGCCUCCUCAGGCUCCUGCCUCUGGUAUCUUUUCACGCGGAGCCAGAAGUAGUUUUAAGAUUUUAUCUUAAUCGCAAGCUCAGGGGAGACUGCGCCGUACCCCUGGGAGGAGGCCAGCGCGGGCAGAGCAUUCCCGAGGAGCGGCCGGGACGUCCCAGCGGGGAUGGACGCAACACCCCCGCACCAUCGCCCCUCGCGCUGCAAAAACUCGUUCGGAUUAACGCGGCCGGGAAAAUCACCGUGCUGCGCAGCAGCUGUCCGAGGGCGAGAGGAAAACAGAGCUCAGAUCCAGAAACCAACGAGAGAGAGAGGUCACUUGGGGUAAACUUUGUAUUUUUAAGCCCUUAUUUUAUAGGAGGAAAACAAAGUCCCGAAGUCCCGUAACGGGGGGUGAGACAAACGAUGGUAUCACAGCUGGCGUUUCCCCGCACGAGUUGCGGGUCGAGGCUGCCCUGAGCUAACAGUCCCCUAACAGCAGCAUUUCGGAGAGACUCCCCCUUCUUCAGCCCUGUGAAAGAAGGGGGCUUUAGGAUCUUUAGAAACACAAUAUAUAAAUGGGGGGGGAGGGGGGCGGGGCUGGGUGUUUGUUUUGUUUUACAAUUUUAGGUUUCUUUAAAAUGUGGACUCAACUACACAUGGAAAAAAACCCCACCACCAAACCCACCCAUCUGCUUAUCUUCCUUUUAACGUUGUUUUCUUUCCUCCCUCCGUGGAGUACUGGCGUUUGGAUACGGUUUACAGCUUAACACGCAACGCACAGUAACUGCACUAAACCCUGACAAGCUUAAUUUACCGGAGACGGCAGAAAGCCUUCCAUCUCUUUCCCCGACACCUCUAGCUUAGGUAAAGUACUUAAUAAAUGCCCCAAAUGGUACACGCUUCAGACAAAAAUGGAGAUGAACGAAAAUUUGAAAACUAGGGAGCCGAGCUCUGCCUCCCAAACUCCUUCAACACACCGAACAGAACCCGUAAGACACGUAUCAAGAAUUCCAUGUCACGUUGUUUGGUUAACCUGCAAUCAGUUUCUAGUUUAAAAUUGAAAGAAAUAUGAUGAAAUUACAUUAUUUAUUGUGCAUCCAGAUAUUCGUGAGUUACUCACCAUGAACUUGCAUUGAAAUGCUUUAGCAGCAAUGAGAAAACGUAAGACCAAAAGUAGGAAAAUAUUCCAAACCGUCGCUGCCCUGUUAAUUCCGAACUGAUCGUAGAGAAUAAUGCCCCUAAAGUUGCAGCACGUACCACGUCACGGUUUAUUUUGAACUUGUUUGUUCCAGAACACACCCAAAACAUUGAUGCGUUUUGACUUUUUAACUCUUCUGCAAUAACAUACGAACACGGGCUUGAAAGGUGAGGCCGUAACCCCCUUUUGCGACCCGCCAGCAGCAGCUUCCCAACAGCUCUGACCAGCGGGUUAUUAUCAGGCUGCCCAGGUCAGAACAGCCCACGCUUUUCAUAGCAAAACCACAAGUGCUUGGGAUUCUGAUUUAACACGGCUUUCUGACCCACUUGCCUGCACGAGAAAAAGCGUUUUAGGCUUUGGGAAAAUCUUAGCCUGUGGUUUAGGCUUCAUUUUUAGUACCGUAGGCAGAUGCAAUAAAAUUUGGGCCCAUCACUGACUUAAAUGCUUACAUUAAUUCACAGUCUGAAGCUUUUUUUAACCUCUUGCAUGGCUGCUCACAGGAGAAACUUUCCUGAUAUUUGCUUUAAGCAGAAACAUUAGCUGAGUUAUGAAUUUUUAUGAUCUUUUAAGCAAUAAUAAGGUCAGACUCAAAUACAAACCAGAUUUGGAAAUGAGUGUUUUUUUAAAAAGGGGAGCAGGAAUAUUUUACAAUGUAAAUUUCUUGCAGAACUGCUGUCACUUUAGAUUACAAUUUCAGGUGGCGUAAACGGAUCACUGUGUAUAAACCUACAUUUGUGAAAGCAAAAGCCUUGUAAUCUAUGAUCAGUGUUAUCCUUCCGGGGCACAAAUAUAAAAAAAUACCUUGCUUGGUGACAGUUGCAUUUUUAUUGCAGUCCUGCACAGCCGUUUCUCUGCGAUACUCGGUUCUGCCCCUCUCAACAGGAGCACUGUCGCCUUCACCUACCCAGUUUCUGAAGAUUGCAUAGUCUUUCAUAAUUACAUUUUUUUUGGAAAAAGCAAUACAAACUGUGCUGUACUAUCAGUGUUCUUGUGACAAAUAAUUUAUUUCUAAACAUUUAACAUGGCGCGCGCAUAAAAAAAAAUAAAGGUUGUUGGUUUUUUUUUUAAAGAUGUAAAAACAAUCAAAGAACAAGUUAAACAUUUCUCACAGAGCUCUCGGGAUCUGACCACAGGACAACAAUCAGAUAACAGAUCCUAAAACCAGAGGAACAGCUGUAGUUUCACAGCUGUUUCUAGAAAUACAAUACCAUUCUUCCCUCAGUUAUGCAAUACUGAAACUUUAGCUAUUUAGUUUACCAAAAAAAGCUAUUUUUGAAAAACUUUGACCUUCUUAACAUACAUUCUUAGAACACUGACAUCUGAAAUACUUUUCUAGAGAGUAUUCUCCCCAAGACCUCAUUUUUGUAUCUAAAAUGUAACACGUCCUUUAAUCCCGUCAUAAAACCACGCGCAGUUGUUGAAAAGAUAAGCAAAAUUCAAUACUGACCAUAAUGACCACGUAACAAAAAACCUGGUGAGACCUCAAACUCCGUACUAGAGGGUUCUGCACCUCUUCUAAUUUGUCUCUAAGAGACUAUCUGCAAGACAGCCAAAUGUAAAUACAUCAGAACAUCUUAGCUUAGUACAGACAAGGUGGCAGUGCUCUGUCAUUGACGUGUACAGGAUGUACCUAUAGUACCCUCACUGUGUAGUGGAUGUGGCGAGAAUAAUUAUGUUAAUGCAAUUGCAAAUUCUGUAUUGUUGUCUAUUAGAAGUGUAAACUACUGAAAACUUGGCCUUGCUGAUAUGAAUAAAGUGAUUAAAAUACCCAUCUUUACAGA